AUGGCGCAACCACAGCCGCAGCAACAGGCUCCGCCGUCGCAGGUUCCACAGCGGGCAUUUUCGCCUCCUCAGCCAAGCCCAUCGCCCGCGACCUCAUCACAGUCAGGCUUUGCGCUGCCUCCCAACAAACGAAUUCGAACAGAUGGCCCCAUGUCACAACCCGGAUCGCCGUAUGCUGCUUCGCCAUACACCAUGAGCCCUGUGCCUACGGCUACUCCCCCACCUCCAGCUGGAUCUCCGACCUAUCCCCAAGCUCAUGCGCAAACACCGCCUACAACAGCUGGAUAUCCUAUGCCGUACACUAAUGGCCAUCCUCCACAAGGCUUGAGUCUUCCAGCUGCAUCGCCGACGGUGUCAACGCCCACCAUGCAUACGCCUCAGCCAGCUCAGAUACAAACGCCAGUGCAGAUGCAGACGCCAAUGCAAGCCCCGAUGCAAACACAAUCGCCAAUGCAAGUGCCAAUGCCAGGACCAGUGCAAACUCCAGUGCCACUACCAACUCCGAUCUCAAUGCCCCAAUAUACAAACGCAACAAUGCAGCCCAUGCCGCAAGUAGCACCUCAACAAAUGCAGGCUCCUGGUGUCAUGGGCCCUCCUCAGAAGCCAGCGGAAAGGCCAACGAAAGACUACGAGUAUGACGUGACCGAUUCAUUGGCCGGUACGGGCAUCGAUCUCCGUGCAGAGGAACAGUAUAUGGCAGAGCUUUACUCGAAUGCCCUCGAGACAAUAUCAGAGGCCAGGACGGGAUUUGCCCAUUACCCACCGGGUUCUAAGUCAACAUUUUACGGCGCUGGCCCUGCUAACCAACCUGCUCAGCCUACGGAAUUGUCACAACAGCAGUACAGUGCUCAGGCCGCUGAACAGGCAUGGCAGGAUUCCUCAAUGCGGCUUGCUGUACAGAGGACUCAGGAAAUUAACGAUCCUUUCCUUCUCGUGGCACUGCUGCAUCGUCGAGCGGAAAAGGUUGCCCGCGAACAUCAUCUCGGUCUUAACCUUGAGCUCAAGAACAACACUCAUUCUAUGGGGAAGAUGAAGCUGCCGGAGAACUUUGCGGCACCCAAAGUUACUGUCAAGACACAGCCGGGGCCGGAUGGCACCGUAGUGGAAACCAGCGGUUCUUUCAUUCCGCAAGACGCUUAUCUAGUAGACCAACUUGCUCUGAUGUCGAUAGCAACGAAACAGAGACUGCGUGAGUUGAUUGAAGACGCAAAUAUCAUCUCGAGAACACGGCAAAAGACGUCGCAUGGAGAAAUACCUCCAGAGUGGGCAGCAGCAGCAGCUCCAAUGAACGCGGAGCCAUUAGAACCCAUGGAAACGGCUACCGAUGCGAAUGGGACUGGAAAAGACACCGAGACUGGCAGCGGUACUAGUCCUUUAAAACGUCCUGCCGACACAGGCGAUACGGUUGUCAAACCGCCGCCCGCAAAGUUGCCCAAGAUUGCCUCUUACGCAACGUUAACAAUGCGAGAUUUGGCCAGGCAAGAGCGUGAAUGGGAAGAGGCUCGACUGCGUAGACGGCAGAUGCGCAAAGAUGGCAUAACUGAUGCAGGCACUUCAGGCUCACGAUCGGGAAGCGUAGCACCUGGCACGCCCGGAUCAGUAGCUCCAGAAACGGAAAAGGCGAUGACGAAGAAGGAGUUGAAGAAGACGCAGCAAAUGAAAGCGCAAGAGGCUAGUAGCCAUGCCAACCAGAACAUAACCAGCAGCAUGUUUGCAGGUUUGGGAGGCAAGGGAGGCCUCUUUGGCAAGAAGAAGGCCAAGUCCUACGACUGGAUGAAUGUCGGCCGAGGAGGAAGCGGAGCUAGUACCCCGACAAGAGCCACUCCAGGACCAGGCAAAGGUCCAAACGGCGUGCCCAGCGUAUCGUCUCCCGGCAACAUGGCGCUGACUACGGAAGGUCGAAACAGACUGGGCACGUGGCGAGAAGACAAAGAAAAGGGGAAAAAUAUACAGCUUCGUGACUGGAUCGCUGUGCUAGAAAGAGAUGGCCGAGAAGCCAAGGCGUUGCAACACGCUUAUAUACAUUUGGACAAUUCGAAUCCUAAAUAA